GAGAGGGAUAAGACGGAUUUUUACGAUAACUUUUUGUUGUUGUUGUUGAAAUCCUCUCGGUCGUACGGUGUUCGUAUGUGUGUUCGUGUCGUUGAUUCGUUGUGAAGUGAUUGUUUGUUGGAGCUUUCGUCUAGUGGGUAGGGAGCUUUUACGAGGGUUCGUAUAUCAUCACGAUAAGCGUGGUGCUGAUUGUUUGCCGAUUAUGUUAGCUGAUUACUGAUUAGCGGCUCGUUGACAGAUGGUGGAUAGUGCUUAAAUGAAACCUAAUACGACGAAAAAAUCCGGGAAACAAAUGAAAGCUGCCAGAGAAGUGAUUAUACCGUGUUUAUUGAAUUAUUUAUCUAUAUUGUGAGAUAUUACUUUAUUGCUGAAAUGUAUUUUCACGGAAUUGCCGGUUUAUGAUCAGAAUACAGUCGGUCUAAUGUGUGCAGUUUAAACGUCCCUCGUGCAACUGUUUCCGCCAUCUUGGUUUGGGGCGAAAUUGGAGCGAUUCGUGCGUGGGCACCGGGUUUUAUUACCCUGAAUUUAUUCGACAGUGAUCAUCAUUAAGUUAAAUGUGUCCACUGAACAGCUGAGUGCUACAUGAGUUGCUGGAUUGAAAAGAAAAACUGAACAUAAAAGAAAAUUGUUUUGAAGUGUUUCCAUAGUUGAAUGUUUAUCAGCACACGCAGAUUUUAUUUACGACCUGUAGUAACAAGCCAAUGAAUGUCAGUAGAACUACGGAGCGCAGUGGACGCCAUUGAAAAAAAACUCGCGCCUGCGUACGCUUCAAUUAAUCUAGAUUCCGUCCUCAAUAGUAUCAGCACAUUCCAUCGCUGGGAAUUCUAGACACGCGCAUCCAGCCUCACUAGCAGUCGCAUCAGCAUCAUCGGAUCAUGUUCCAUUCGUCUGCAGCAGCCGCGUAUUCCGACAUGACGGCAGCUGCGGUAGCAACUGGCAACACGGGUUCCUAUCAUCAGACAGCUUCCGUAGCCGCAGUGGCGGCAGCAGCUGCCAAUGCCCCAGUUUAUGUUCCUUCCAACAGGGCGCUGACCCAUUCGCAGUAUGGUCAUGCUGCCAACUUCCCCACCCAAAACGGUUGGCCAACGGAUAGUUUCGGCACAACCCAUACACAGCUCCCGCCGCAGUUCUACGCGCAGAACGUGAUGAUGGGCUCCUGGCGCGCCUACGAUCCGACCGGAUUCCAGCGAACGUCGCCAUAUGACAGUGCCAUGGAUUUCCAGUUCGGCGAGGGACGGGAGUGUGUGAAUUGCGGGGCCAUCUCAACACCGCUCUGGCGUCGCGACGGCACCGGUCACUAUCUCUGCAAUGCAUGCGGGCUCUAUCAUAAGAUGAACGGUAUGAACCGUCCCUUGAUAAAGCCAAGCAAGAGAUUGACUGCCACUCGUCGUUUGGGUCUUUGCUGUACGAAUUGUGGUACGCGUACCACAACGCUAUGGAGAAGGAACAACGACGGCGAACCGGUUUGUAAUGCGUGUGGAUUGUAUUUCAAGCUGCAUGGUGUGAACCGACCGUUAGCUAUGCGUAAAGAUGGCAUUCAGACGCGCAAAAGAAAACCGAAGAAAAGUGGUACGGGGACGGGUGGAGCUACUGACGUGAUGGCUUUAGUAGGGGGCGGCAAAAAGGAAGAAAUGAAUGAUGGAACUCAUCUACACACUGAUCGCAACGGCAACUCUAAGAACAUAUCGGUCAGCCCCAAAACCUCCAAUCUAACAUCCCCACCGCUACGAUCUCUGCAUAUUUCGCCUCACCAUCACCAUCAAUCGUACAACCUAUCUUCAUCGCUGGCAUCGUCUCACCAUCCGACGUCUCUGAACCUGGGUGGCAAAUAUGAUCUCUCCGCGCUCUCUUGCAGUGGACCACUGGCCGCAGGAAAUCUCACUGGUACGGUAUCUUCGUCCCAACAGCAGUCACAUAACGCAUCCCACAUCUACACGACUCCCACAUCAAACCCAACACACCAUUCGUCGGUAAACAACUACAUCCACAAUACUAGUAGCAGUCUAGGAGCGUCCCCCUUCGGCCAGAUAAAAUCCGAAUCCAAUCCGCUGGCUGCGACAACGCCAACCUCCGUCGGUUCGAAUGGCUACGGAGACUACAUGAACAACUGCCUGCAGAGUGGAUACUUCGGUGGAACAUUUGGCUCCCUGCAUACCCAUCACAGUCCCCAUUCGGCGGCUGUAGGCGGAGUAGUGAAUGGGGCCCUGUCACACGGUCACCAUCAUCAUCACCACCAUCACAGCACGGCUGCCGAUCUCGCUGGUUACCACCACCAGCACAACGUUAUACAAGCGGCCAAACUAAUGGCUUCAUCCUAGAUCAUCGCACAGAGACGCUUCCGAUAAUACGAGAAUUGAUCUUUUACAGUGUACUUACUCGUUUUAAGUUCCUCGCUUUUUAAUUGCUUCACUAUAUUUUAUCGAUAGCAUGUAGAUAUUUAAUCAGACAGUUUAAAAACGAAUAAUGACAAUCUGUAUAACGAUUUAUUGAAAAAGCAUAGAAGUGACACUCGAAAUGAUAAAUCACGCGUUUCGUAUUAGCUGUUUGUUAUUGAAAUGGAACCCAUUUCAAUUUCGUACUAUUAGCAGAGUAAGCUCGAUAGCCACAAUCGCUUGUAAGCAUCUUCUAACUACAGUAUUCUUAAGCUAGACAAAAUCACAAUCAUGUAAAUAUUGUCACAUCAAUUGGCACUCGAGCAUUUUCUUCCUCUCUACUGAAUAAAUGGUUAAUAUUUAUUUUAAGGUCCUAUAGCAUACCAUUUC